AUGGAGGGUAACAACAAGAAGGGGUACGCGUGGGCAAUCUCAGCCGGCCUGAACGCCGCUCUGGCUGCCGUUUCGGCGAAGCUCAUCACUCCUCAGAUUGUUAGGUAUGGUUUGGUGAUAUUGUUCAAUGCGACAAUGUGGGGAUGUUAUGUGAACAGCCUCAAAGCUCUGUCUUCUCUGCAAGCUACUGUCACAAAUUUUGCUGCAAACUUCCUGUCUUCUGGUCUAGCUGGAUACCUUUUGUUCAAAGAACCCUUAUCUUUUCAGGUGAAUCAAUACAUGCUGAUGAUAUUGGACCAACUCACACCGUUUUGUUCAUUUUCAUAUGCUUUCUUAGUAUACGCUUCUGAGUUACUUAUAAGAUGCAUUGCUUUUGAUUUUGAAUGUGAAGCAUAG